UACGAUAGUGAGGAUAGCACCCGCCCCAUGCUCACUGAGGAUGAGCAAGAGAAGGGAACUCCUCUUUCCCCCUCACCAGAGCUUCAGCGCCGCUACCAGCGCGAGGUUCUCUCCAAGCUCCUCAUCGGUCUGGCCUUGAGCAUCAUCUUUGCCUUCUCCGUCACCUGGGUCUUCCAGUCCAUCGUCCCGCCUUCCCGCACCAACGCCCAGGGCAUCAUAGAGAACCCCUGUGGCAACUCGUCCAGCGAGGCUCAAGCCCGCGGUUGCCACUUUGACGUGCUCUCGUUCUGCUGGGUGCCGGAGGAGUGCUUCGACCGUGAGUUGACGGACAAGUUCCGCAACGCCGGGCCGUGGGUGUUCUACACCGACCAGAACAAGACGGCGUCAGUGACUGAGGAGCAGUUCGGCUCUGAUACCCAGCCCGUAUACCUCACCAACAGGCUUCAUAAGACGCACUGCGCCUACAACAUUCUCCGGUUUCACAAGGCACUGACCGAGAAUCGCAUGGUCCACCGCGAAGACGUCUUGACGCACACGCAACACUGUACUCAAGUUCUCACGAGGGUUAAUGAGCCGGACGAUAUUGAGGUUAGAGCAAAGAUUCAGUACCCUGACUGUGGGCACUUUUCAAAGAUGUUCCCGGGAAAGGCGAAGGAAGGUGUGCCUGGCCACAAUCAUGGACACUCCCACAUAGGGUGAGACUAGGGAUCGUACAACCAGAUAAAGUGCCUAUACUAUGACUAGUACAACAAAAGCUUUUUUCUUGGCUGU